AUGUGUCUUUCGCCAAAAUGGAUGGAGAAUAAGGGAGAAGAACUUUUUUCAGCAAAAUAUGGAGACACAGUGGUUCAUAUUGGGUCAUCAGUGAUGCUACGUGUUGAUUCAAAGAUUAUAAAGUUGUUUUCUGUAGUAUUGGCGCGGCAUUUAAAACAUAUUACAAUGUUUACGAAUAAUGCGGAUUACCGGAAGAUACAUAAGGGAGUAGAAUACAUUCUUACACUUGUUGAGGAAAAAGAAGUCUUGGAAUUUAGUUUCCUGAUGCAGGUUUUACAUGAUCCUACAACGUUUUCAUGGAAAUUAGAGUUUCACUCACUAUUGAGGAUGGCGGCAAAGUAUGAAGUUUCUGAGCCGAUUUCUGGAUUCUGUCUUACAUAUUGUAUAAAAUUUCAUAAAAAUCCGUUAGCAGAUCCCCUCAUGCUUCUCCAUGCAUCUUUUUUUUGUAAAGAUGAUGAAGUUUUUAUGGAGGCUGUUCUUGCUAUUCUUAAAAAGCUGGAUUUAUACAGGAAUAACAAGUCAUUCCAAAAGCUUCCCUGUCAUUUGGGUUUUCAAAUCAUGUCUAUGUCAGAAUCUUUAUUUCGUGAAUAUACUAGUCUUUCUGACUUUUCGAAUACUGAUAACUGGCCUGACUGUGAUAUUGAACUCUGCACAGAAAAGUUUAGAUAUGCUUGCAAGAAUGUCUUUGACUCGUUUGCAUUACCGGCUGUUAUUUUCUGGGACGGUGAAAUGCUUUCAGAGUGGUACAGGAAAACAGAUGAAGAAAUUAUCGAAUUAAUUGGUGUAUGGGAAAUGUCAUUUGUUACCGAUCCCGAUCAUAUACAGCAAUGUCGUCAAAACUGGACGAAAGCUCUUAAAUCAAAUGCAAAAUGGUUAAACCGUAAGUUGCAGGGUCAACUCUGUAAUAUUUCAAUUGAAUCAGUACUGCAAAAGUAA